CUUCGGACGUCAGUUAUGUGCGACACAGCGUGCUGAAGGACAAGCAGAAUCGAGUGGAGGCACGAAAUAACUUCAGGCUUUCCUCUGGAGAUUGUCAUCAUGGCGGUGGCAUCUUUAUCCCGAGCUCUGCGGUCCCUGUCCCUCUCCUGGCCGGCUCUAUUACCAACCCAGACAGCAGGACAAACGGUGCUCCGGGCCCAGACCAGCUCCAUGUUUCUAACCUGCUCUGGGUGGAGAGGCUUCCUGACUACAUCCUGUCUGGAGCAGAACAGAAACGCAUGGAAACAGAGGGAGAAAUACACCGUUAGACCUAUAGGCAUGAAGAAGACUGGAGGCAGAGAUCACUCUGGCAGGGUUCGUACACAUGGCAUUGGAGGAGGCCAUAAACAGAGAUACCGUUGGAUUGACUUCCAACGUCUCCGCUAUGAACCAGGCAGAGAGGAGCAGACCUUCGAGGAGAGGGUGAUGGAGGUCCGGUAUGACCCCUGCAGAUCUGCAGAAAUAGCUCUGGUGGCCGGAGGCAAGAGGAAGCGUUGGAUUAUUGCUACAGAGAACAUGCAAGUUGGAGACCUCAUUAAAACCUCUGGGACUAUCGGCCGCAUGGCAGUUUCGGCUAAAGAAGGAGACUCGUUCCCCCUGGGAGCUCUUCCUGUUGGAACUCUGGUCAACAACCUGGAACUGUAUCCUGGGAAAGGAGCCACCUACAUCCGUGCUGCAGGUGACCUUUACCCCUAACGACUGACCUCUAACCUCUGAUCCCUAUCCGUGCUGCAGGUAACCUUUACCUCUAACCCCUGAUCCCUAUCCGUGCUGCAGGUAACCUGUAACCCCCCUAACCCCUGAUCCCUAUCCGUGCU